AUGUCCCGCGCCGUCAGCAAGAAAGAACAGUCGCAGCAGAUUGCGCACCAACACCAAGGACAAGAGCAGCAUGCCCGCGAUGUGGAGACUACGGAACAUAAGUCUAGUGCCAAUGCCUCGGCCGGCUUGAACCUUAACCUUUUUGGCGCCCUCUCCGGUGCCCUCAGCUCCACAAAACGCAAAGAAACCACCAACAAGCCCGACGGCUCCAAGCAUACUAUCGAGGACUCGCAUGACAAGGCUGCAGCAUCAGGCUACGCCGCGGGGCAGGGCAAUGCCUUCGCCCAAGGGAACACGCAAGACGGAGGCAAGCACGAGAAACGGCGGGAGAUAGGGCAGAAGCAGGAGCAGGGGAAGAUUGUGGCGGGGCAGAAGCAGAGCCACAAGGUGGAUCAUCUGGGAAUUGAGAACUAG